GUGCCCUUGGUCCCAUAAUAUUGUGCUCCAGAAUAACGCUCGCGGAAUAGUCAUUUACCUGAAAUGGACUUACAGAUUCAGAAUUUGAGGGUUGGGAAGUCUUCGGUAGAAGAUGCGUUUCGGAAAACUGUUGCCGAGAUGGGGGGCAAGGAGAGAAUUCAUCUCGUGAGUAGCGUCUGCGUCCCCAAACCAGAAGACAUAAGCCAAGUCAAUGUUUUCGAAGAACUUGUAAAAGAGUUGUUCAAUGACACGCUUCCUCUGUGUCGAAGCAGAGACAUCACAAUCAAAGAGAAACCUACGGAAUAUAAUAAGGGCAAUGAAAAAAGUGAAAAAAAUGCAGCAGGCGACACGAAAAGCUGCUGCGACAACAGUGAGAAUUCAGUGCAAGUUCAGGGAGGGAAGAACAAAACAGUGCCAGGACAAAACGUGCAUCACAUAGAAACGAAUGCAAGGUUAAAACAUGGGCAGGUCACGAUUGAUUCUCAAAUGAUAGUAUUUAUUUUCACAGGUGAAUUUGUAAAUUGCCGCGGAAACCAUGAGUGUUUAAAAGAAAUAUUAAAAGAUGUGAGAGCUCGUACGAAACUAUCCAGUAUCCGACCUGCUCUGAUCGGCUUGGUGCGCAGGACAGUCGAAAACGAAGAAAGCGAACGGUCUGUCCUGCUGUUGGAGGCCCUGAUGCGAUCUGUAUUCAAAAAACAUCCAGCUGAGUUAAUAUGGGCUGGCCAGUUCGUGCCGAAUAAGGCCAACGUAACUUUGACAAUAAAGAAGAAUGCUUGCAGAACUCUUCUAACAUCGCUUCAUCCACAGUGCAUUGAGAACAGUCACAGCUUGUCUUGGACGCAGAAGUGUUUCCCAUGGACACCCAGAAAAAGGAUGAACCAAGAAAAAAUCUCCUCAGCCUACAGGCAUCAAGGUCUUCCAGGGAGUGUUGAAGGACUUCCCCUGAAGACAAGCUGCAUGACUGAUGAGCAGUGCACAGAAGACUACCUGGAACCAGACAUUGGAGUUAGCAGACCGGAUGGUAAUGCUGAACCAAAGCAUCUGUUAACCUAGUGGGGUGGUCACUCUAAGGGACUGGGCCAAAUGUUUGGACAUAGCUCCUGUCAAAUAUUGUUAUCGCUUUCAGUAGCUCCUUCUAUUUCUCGCUAACAUCAUCACCUUAAUAAGUAGGUGGCACCAAACCAAUUGUAGCAGUUAGGCUAGUAGCAUACUAUUAAUCAUAAACUAUGCCCAAACGAAGUGGUGCAAAUAAACAUUAUUAUUGUGUUAACAUGAAUGGUUGCCAUGUUGGCUGUGAAAGCCAUUUAUCUUGCUGCAUUCACACACUUUCAACACAAAUAUACAUUGAUAAACAACUUAGUAAAAAAAAAAAAAACAUUAAAUAUAUUUCAAAUGAUAUGAAAACCACAAUAUUUCAAAAGCGUAUUUCUCUUUGCGUUGUCUAACAAACUGAGUGACUUAAGGACUGAGACAGAAAGGGAGAAGUGCCGGAGGGAAAUUUACAGAACUGUUUUUUUUUUUAUGAAUAAAGUAGAACUACCUGAGAGUCCAUUGAUAGAUUAAUGCUACUGGUUGGUCAGAAAUGUAACUCAACAGGUAUACUGGCUUUAAAUAUGUCCUGAUUAGAGGGGAAGAAGUCGUACUGGUCUCGAGGGCCAGAUUUGAGUAUCCCUGCAUGAACAUUUCUCAACCCCGGUCCUGGGGACCCACUGUGUAUGGUGGCUUUUGUUCCAACCAUAAUACAAGCUCUGUAUUGUAGUUAACAAGCUGUUAAUUGUUCAUUAGAAACUUUCACAGUCUAUUGAAGCACUUUAAACCACAGAAAUAGCCAUGUAUGCCCAUGCGCUAAAAAAAUAAUUGUCUUGUGUUCACAUUCCAGGAAUUUCAAUUGUUCAGACCAACUUAUGCUUUCAUGUAACUGUGCUGUAUGUACUAUAUGGCAAAUCAUUGCAAUUGAAACCUGAAACCAUCUGCAAAAUGAAAAGAGGACUGAGGUUGAGAUCCACUGCUCUUAGGCAGGAGUUCUCAAACUUGGCCCCGUAGUACCCCUGUGUAUGUUGGUUUUUGUUCCAACCCAAAUUGCCAUCAAAUUAUUUUAACAAGCUGUUAAUCUUUCUUAAUUUGGUUUUCAUUUUAUUAUGGAUUAUUUACCUUAAACCACAUUAUACCAGAAAUAGCUUUACAAUUACCAUGUUCAUAUUGUGCUUAUUGUACCAUCAUGCAAACAAUUACAUAAGAAGAGGUAAGAAAUAAACGACUGAUAGGUUAACUAUAGGCUCAUAAUUAGAUAGUUUCAUUUGUAAUUUGUUUUCCAUAAACAUAUCAACACAAUGCAGGUUUGCCUUAUCAUUUGCUUUGCUUUUGAAUUCUUCAUUAUCUUAGAAAUAGUUAAUUUUGGUGGCCAGUUCAGUACUUUCAGCAAUUGCAACCGAUUUACUUCAGUCUUUAAUUUGACUUAUUUUUUCUGCAAAAUGUGUCCUGUCCAUUUUUUGCCAGCAGAAUAUGAAUAUGGAAAUUUUAUGGUAUGCAUUACUAUUUGACAAAAUGAGGGUAAGUAGUCCCCCUAAAUAUGAAAAGCCCCUAAUUAAAAAAAAAUAACAGCUUGUUAAAAUUAUUGGAUUGCAGUUGUGGUUGGAACAGAAACCAGCAUUAACAGGGGUACUUCAGGACCACUGCUCUAAAGGAUAUUUCCUACAGACCUUGUAACUACCAAACUGGGCUACCAGUUUACAUUUACAUUUUAGUCAUUUAGCAGAUGCUUUUAAUCCAAAUAAAUUUACAAGAAGUGCAUAAGUUCUUUCACCAGUGACAGCAUUAAAUCCAUAAAUAGCAAAACACUUACUUGUAUCACAGCCAUAAACAAUAGUCAUAGUAAGUACUGAUUUCUUGAUCUGUAUUUUUUAAUAAGGGUAUAAAAGAGGGAUAUGGGGGUAGGAAGGGUAAAUCAGGAGGGAGGACUAAGGUACAGGGCUUAGAAAUGUGGGGAGGGUUUCUGCUGUUCUGACAGUGGUAGGCAGGUCAACCAGAAUAGAGAACAGGCGUGAACAUACAGCCUGACCACCUGGUGUUUGUAUGGAGGGGACCACAAGGCGACCAGAGCUUGCAGACUGGAGUGGUCUUGCUGGGGUGUAAGGUGCAAUUAAAGUCUGGAUGUACAUUGGGGCAGUCCCCUUAGCAUACUGGAAUGCCAACACUAGCACCUGAAGUGGAUGCGUGCAGCAGUAGGCAGCAAUUGGAGGGCGAUGAAAAGUUUGGUAAGCUACAGCAUUCUGGGCCAGUUUGUCUCCUUUUGACUUCUGGCAUGAUAAUUCUGUCCACCAGCAGCUAGAGGUUUUGUCAAGCCGCAAUUAUCCCUUUUGCACCGUCUCAGUAAUCAAAAUUGAUAAGUAUUUGCCACUUAUUAAGCACAGACAAUGAUUGACAGUGAUGUUUACAAGCGACACUCACUCACUGUUCAAUUCAGUUUGAGUACUUACGACUGGACAUGCAGUAUUUUUAAUGUUGUACAGGGGCAUGUGAGGUUUUGUUGAAAUACCUAAAUUAAAUAUAAGAGCAAUUGUAUGACAAUUUACUUUGUAACUAUAACAAUUACAAAGGUAAAUAAAAAAUAAACAUGAUGCAACUAAAUACCUAUUCAUGAUCUUCAAACAAGACCUAAGUAGUAUCAGGUGUGAUCUAAAUCAAAAACCUGCGUUGAUAGUCAAUUCUAUUCUUCAUGAGCCAUAAAAAUGGCUGGUUUUUGUGGCUCAAAGUCUUCCAUCCAUGUUCACUUUCCUUUCAGACUCUCCCCGUAUUAGAUUGACAAAUGUCUCAUAAAAACUAAAUUGGUCCAGAGAGCAGCAUAUUAUUAGCCACUGAAUUGUCCAUUGGGAGGGUGUCAUUCAGUCAAGUUUUCUGUGAUUAAUUUAACACCAGUGACUUCACCCAAGCACUCAUAUACGUACCAUUCGAUGCCAAUGAUAGUAGCACAUUAAGUUUACUCCUCCCAUAGACUGACUGCAGCUGAACUGGUGGAGUUUGGGGUAUAAAAUGGUGGUGGCUUCUUGCAAGUGUGUACUUGGAAAUACACACAUAUCAUUCGCUCCACUAGAUGGAUGGAUGCCUCUGCAGUAAAGGAACAGGUCUCCACAUUGAGGGAAAUGUAAGAAAUAUGGAAAGCUUACAGGUCACAUCCUGGUUUAUCCUUGUAUAAUAUGUUGCCCACAUCUGUACAUGUACUGAAUUGUACCUGUCCCAGCCAUACAUUUGCAUUGUUAUGGAUCCUGGAUUUCUUUUGAGUUUUAUUUUUCAGUAAUCUAUGUGGAAUCAGAUUCUCUAAUCAAGAGAGCAAUGAGCCAAGAAGCUUUUGUAUUAGAUGAGCUUCAGGAUUUGUAUGGUCCAAAAUGCUGUGCAAAUGUCAUGUCAAUACUUUGUAUUUGCCCCUCGAUUCAUAAUAAAUGUUGGUUUAAAGAGAUAUGAGAAGCUUAUUAAAUGGUUAGGUUUAACCUCA